AUGAAGAUGAAUGAUGGUGGUGUUCAUCAAGAUUGUCAUUGUUUAUUUGACACAAUAUCGGUGAAGAAUAAUAAUAGUAUGGGUGGAGAGAUGUACAUAACUUAUAUUGACCAACAACAACAACAACAACCGCAAGAUAAACAGAGAUUCAUACAAGAACAAGAACAAGGAAGAAUAAUAUAUAACCAACAACAAGCCUUUAAGAUUGACAACCCAACAACAAUAUCUAAAAUUAAUAAUAAUAAUAAUAAUAAUAACAACUCUGUAGCAUUACAUUAUCAACUUCAAUACAAUAUAUUAUAUUCAACGGCUGGUAUUAUUAUGCAUAUGGACCAUUCAAAAUCAUUGAUAUUGGAAGAAUACAUUAAUCAACUAAAUGGAACAAAGAUUAUAAAAAAGAUAUUGAUUGCCAACAAUGGUAUAGCAGCCGUCAAAGCAAUCAGAUCCGUUCGAAAAUGGGCAUACACACAUUUUGGCAAUGAGCGAGCCAUCGAGUUUGUGGUGAUGGCGACGCCCGAGGAUAUGAAGGCCAACGCCGAGUACAUCCGUAUGGCAGACCAGAUCAUCGAGGUGCCGGGCGGCUCCAACAACAACAACUAUGCCAAUGUAGAUACAAUUGUGGAUUUGGCCGAGCGCGCGGGCGUGCAGGCUGUGUGGGCUGGCUGGGGCCACGCAUCAGAGAACCCACGUUUGCCAGACUUGCUGAGCAAAACUAGCACCAGUAUAUCGUUUAUAGGCCCACCCGCAGGCCCCAUGCGUGAUCUCGGAGACAAGAUCGCAUCGACCAUUGUCGCGCAGUCUGCAAGAGUGGCCUGUGUGCCAUGGAGUGGACAGGGUUUAACAGUCGACUACCAGGCUACGGGUGGUGUCGACGCAGCCAUCUAUCGCAAGGCAACCGUCGAGACGGUCGACGAGGCCAAAGAGGUCAUUGAAAAGAUCGGCUUCCCCGCAAUGAUCAAGGCUAGCGAGGGUGGCGGCGGCAAGGGUAUCAGAAAGGUCACCUCGAUGGACGAGUUGGCCGCUUCCUUUCGUCAGGUGCAGUCAGAGGUGCCAGGCUCGCCCGUCUUUAUCAUGAAACUCGUGCCCAACGCACGUCAUCUUGAAGUACAGAUUGUGGGAGACCAGUAUGGUGAAGCUAUCUCUUUAAACGGACGUGACUGCUCUGUGCAGCGUCGUCACCAAAAGAUUAUCGAGGAAGGUCCUGCCCUCGCCCCCACACCAGAGGUCUGGCUCGAGAUGGAGCGCGCAGCCGUGCGUCUUGUCAAAGAAGUGGGUUACGUCGGUGCCGGCACGGUCGAGUACCUGUUUGCAGACGGCGACUACUUUUUCCUCGAGCUUAACCCACGUCUACAGGUCGAGCAUCCAGUCACUGAAGAGAUUACGGGUGUCAACUUGCCCGCCACGCAGCUACAGAUUGCCAUGGGUAUCCCGUUGUUCCGCAUACCAGAUAUUCGCCGUCUCUACGGCCAGACACCCUUUGGCGACGCAGCUAUCGACCUUCAAGACUAUGCCAAGCGUCUUCCACCCAAGGGCCACUGCAUCGCCGUGCGUAUCACGGGUGAGAACCCCGACGAAGGCUUCAAGCCCACUUCGGGAGGUAUACAUGAACUCACGUUUCGCAGCACGCCCAACGUGUGGGGAUACUUUAGUGUGGGUGCCAACGGUGGCCUGCACGAAUACGCCGACUCGCAGUUUGGCCACAUUUUUGCCUCGGGCCCCACCAGAGAGGACGCACGCAAGAGCAUGGUGCUCGGACUCAAAGAGAUCUCGAUUCGUGGCGACAUUCGCACGCCCGUAGAGUACAUUAUCCAUCUCUUGGAGACAGACGACUUUAAGAACAACGCCAUCCACACGGGUUGGCUCGACAAACGUAUCGCCGACAAGAUCAAGUCGCACAAACCCGACACUCAGAUUGUCGUACUGUGCGGUGCACUAUACAAAGCAUACACCACCUACCAGCAACGAUUGGUCGAGUUUACAGGCCAGGUGACUGUUGGUCAACUGCCAUCACUUGAGCUGCUCGCCAACAUCGUGCCCGUCGAACUCAUCUACCACAACAUCAAGUAUCAAUUCGAGGUGAUCCGUCGGUCACCCACCAGCUUUGCCAUCGUGCUUGUGCGCGACAAGACCAAUAUCGUAGACGUUAACGUGGUUGGCAUGACUGACGGUGGUUUGAUUGUCAUGAUGAAUGGCAAGACACAUGUAGUCUAUGGCCGCGAUGAAGUCACUGGGUUGCGCCUGAUGAUUGACCAAAAGACAUGCACAUUUUCACAAGAGUACGAUCCAUCCAUCUUGCGUACUCCUUCUCCUGGUAAGCUCGUGCGUUACCUCGUCGACGACGGAUCAGUCGUCUCCAAGGGCGCGGCCUAUGCCGAAAUCGAGGUCAUGAAGAUGUACAUGCCCCUCGUCGCCCCCGAGAGUGGACGUAUCAAGUUCCACCUGUCAGAGGGUGGGGCCAUGGGUGCUGGCGCCAUCAUCGCCAACCUCGAGCUCGAGGAAGGGUGCGCCGUGCAGAAAUCAACCGUGUUUGCCGGAACACUCGACCGCAUGCAGCCACCCAUUCUCCGUGGCGAGAAACCACACCAACUCGCCAAGGCCACUUUGGUGGCCGUCAAGAAUGUGUUGACGGGCUAUGAAGUGUGCUCGGUGCAGACUCUGAUCGACAAUUUGUUUGUGCAAAUGACCGACCCCCUGCUCCCCUACUACGAGCUCAACGAGAGUUUGUCGGUGAUUCAUAACCGUAUCCCCGCGCCGCUAUGCGAGUUGAUCCGCGAGGAAAUAAGCAAUGCACUCGUCCAACGCGACCAGUUCACCUCCAAGGUGCUCCUGCACCGUCUCAACAACUAUCUGACACGUCAGAUGGUCGAGAACGAGUCGGCUGCCAAGACUAUCGCUACGACCGUCGCGCCGAUUGCUGACCUCGCCAAACGCUACGUCGACGGCGCCGGCGGUGCCCGUAUCGCCACGGUGCGCUCCAUCCUCGAGGACUUUAUCACACUCGAGGACUUGGUACAGCACCGCAACAUCCAGACCGUCCUCAAGAGCGUGCGUCAGCUCUACAAGGACGACAUUAAAAAGGUUGGCGACGUUGCCCUCUCGAUCCACCCACAAAGCAAAAAGUAUGCCCUCGUCCAAACCAUCCUCAAAAAGAUCGAUGCCACCAACUCGACCGCCGACUAUACCGACCAGCUCAAGAAGCUGUCAGGCCUGUCUGGCGCAUCCAUUGAGAUCUCGUUGCGUGCCAAACAAAUCAUAGUCAACAGUCAGCUGCCAUCGGGUGACCAGCGUGUCGACCAACUACGUCGUUCCAUCAAAAAUAUUAUUGAUAUUCAAAAGCAGUCUGCUGCCGAUCUCGAGGGAUCAACUGACUCUACAACAUCAUCAUCUUCUUCAUCCUCUACACCUCCAACAUCAAUCAAUGCACCAGCACUCAACCAAAUUGCCUAUCUCAAGGAAAUGUCAUUGUUGACCAAACAGACGGCCGAGAUUUGCGAUAUCCUCGUGCCCAACUUUACAGCAGACUGUGCAUCCACGAGAAAGGUUGCAAUGGAGGCGUAUAUACGCCAUUCAUAUCGUUCAUACUUUGUAGAGGACACCCGUGUGACUGACUCGCUUGACGAGCGAUCCAAGCAACGCGGGUUCAACUGUGUAGAGUGGCACUUUUACAUCUCACUGCCAUCAGGUAACAACAGCCCAACACUGCAGCAACAGCAACAUAUGGCACUUUCGCGUUCACAUAAUGGCGGUGCCGGUUUGAAUGGCUCGCGCUCACACAACCCCAUCAUGAACGGGUUGUCAAUGCUGCGUACCGACUCGACCGACAGUUUACAAGCUGUCGAAGACCAAUGCAAGCUUCGAUAUGGUAUGAUGGUGCACUUUGCCGACGAGACUAGCUUUGCACAGACACUACCACAAAUACUCAGAUAUUACAAUGUCGAGGACGACUUUAACGGCGGUCGUCCCAAGAAUCAAGGUGGCGAGUCAACCGAUAUCCUCUCGGUCGUUCUCACCGGUUACUACCCCGACACACUCGCAGAGGAGAAUAGCGCGACCGUGCGUUUUGCGGCCAUCCUCAAGAGCAACUACCGUGAGCUCAUUACUGCUCGUGUGCGUCGUGUCACUUUUGAACGUGGAAAGCGUGAGACUGAUCCAGACGCCGACAGAUGCUUCUUUGUGCGUUCAGUGUUGCGUUAUGGUGAUCUCUCGGGCAGCAAUGAGAUCAAGAUUGUCGAUAUUUUGCUCAGCCAGAUUGAAGCCAUGUUGUCCGAGUCUCUCGAAGCGCUUGAGAUGACCAUCGCCAGUGCCAAGCGCUACGAACGCGCACAAAACCACAACAUCUUCCUCAACAUCUUACCCGAGGUCAUGUUUGACGAGCGUAUGAUUGGAUAUGUCGUGCAGGAGAUUGGUGACCGUCUCGGCGCACGUAUGUGGAAGCUGCGUGUUGGACAAGUCGAGGUCAAGGGCAAAUUGCGCAAGGAGAACCAGCUCAUCCCCGUUCGUUUCUUUGUGCAAAACCCAACCGGCUACGCCUUCCAAGUGUACUGCUACUAUGAACAACUCAACGCAGCCGGCCAACUCGUGUUUGCCGUCGUGCCAGGCAGCAACCGUGGUAUCUGGGAGGGCAUGCCCGUCGACACCCCCUACCCUAUCAUGGACGCCGUGCAACGUAACCGUUUCAAGGCACAGCGUCUUGACACGACCUAUGUCUAUGACUUCCCCGACCUCUUCCAAGAGGCUUUGCAGUCGCUGUGGGUCGAGUACAUGGACGCAAACCGUGCCAAUCCCAAAAAGGUUAACCCACCUCCUCGCGCCGUCGUCGAUGCCGUCGAGCUCAUCUUGGCACCCGGCACCAAGACAGAUGUUCCUCCAACCGUCCCAUUCUGCCAGCUACCCGAAGACAUACGUCCCAAGCUCGAAGAGACGUAUCGUCCAAUUGGCUACAACGACAUUGGUAUGGUCGCAUGGCGCAUGACGCUCUACACACCAGAGUACCCUGCUGGUCGUCAAGUCAUCGUUAUUGCCAACGAUAUUACUCAUCAAAUUGGGUCGUUUGGACCACAAGAAGAUUUGUUGUUCCAACUUGCCUCCGAGACGGCUCGUACUGAGCAGAUCCCGCGUAUCUACCUAUCGUCCAACUCGGGUGCACGUAUCGGUCUGGCCGACGAGGUCAAGCAAAAGUUCAAGGUACUCUGGAACAACGACAAGGACCCGUCCAAGGGUGUGCGUGCACUCUACCUCGAAGACCAAGAUUACCAACGUCUUGCCGAGACCAACGCCAUCAGCGCAGUCAAGCAAGACGACAAGUGGAUCCUCACCGACAUUAUCGGUCAAAAGAAUGGUAUUGGUGUUGAGAAUCUCAGUUGGAGUGGUUUGAUUGCUGGAGAGACGUCCAAGGCCUACAAGGACAUCUUUACCAUCACCCUCGUCACUGGUCGUUCAGUCGGUAUUGGCGCCUACCUCGUUCGUCUUGGUCAGCGUACCAUCCAAAACGACGCACCCAUCAUUCUAACGGGUGCAUCGGCAUUGAACAAGGUGCUUGGCAAGGAUGUGUAUGAAUCUAACCAGCAGUUGGGUGGUGCACAGAUCAUGUAUCCAAAUGGUGUGUCUCACAUCUCUGUCAAUGAUGAGUUGGCAGGUAUUCGCUCGAUCUUGCACUGGGUGUCAUACGUACCACGUAGCAAGGGUGAGAUGGUGCCCAUUCUAGCACCAAUCGAUACUCCCAACCGUGAGAUUGAUUUCGACCCAUCGCUCAACACCAAAUACAAUAUACGCGAUAUGAUUCAAGGACAUUCAUCAGAUAUUGACCCAUUGGUAUGGAUCAGUGGUUUGUUUGAUCGUGACUCGUUUACCGAGACAUUAGGUGGAUGGGCCAAGACAGUCGUCUGCGGUCGUGCCCGUCUGGGUGGUAUUCCAGUCGGAGUCAUUGGUGUCGAGACACGUACCAUUGAAAAGGUUGUCCCUGCUGACCCAGCCAACCCACUCUCGCAAGAGGUUGUCUCGUCGCAAGCUGCUCAGGUGUGGUACCCCGAUUCCUCAUUCAAGACGGCUCAAGCUAUCGCCGACUUUAACAAUGGUGAAGAACUACCACUCUUUAUCCUCGCCAACUGGCGUGGGUUCUCGGGUGGUAUGCGUGACAUGUUUGACGAGAUACUCAAGUUUGGUUCGAUGAUUGUCGAUAACCUACGCGACUAUAAACAACCAGUCAUUGUAUACAUCCCACCCGAAGGUGAGUUGCGUGGUGGUGCCUGGGUCGUACUAGACUCAACCAUCAAUCUCGAUAUGAUGGAAAUGUACGCGUCUGAGAGUGCCCGUGGUGGUGUCCUCGAGCCCAACGGCAUCGUCGAGAUCAAGUAUCGUGACCCCGAGCUCAUCCGCACUAUGCAUCGUCUCGACAGCCGUCUCAUCCAGCUCGACGCCGAGAUUGCCCAAGCUGCCAGUGCCGACGACGCCAAACCCCUGCGUGCCCAAGCUGCCGCCCGUGAAAAGGAGCUCCUUUCCAUCUACCAACAGAUCGCCAUUAAAUUUGCCGAUCUCCACGACACCCCGGGUCGUAUGAAGGCCAAGGGAGUCAUUGCCGACGUUGUCCAAUGGAAGACAUCGAGAUUCUACUUUUACAACCGUCUCCGAUGCCGUCUCUUUGAGGAACAACAACUCCGUCUCAUUGCACGUGUCAACCCCACGCUCUCGCGUCUCCAGCGUCGUCAAUUGCUCGACGGCUGGAUCGCCAACAUUGCACCGGCCAACACCCCCGCCGAAACAUUGCACAACAACGAAUGGCGUGCCGACUUUAUCGACAAAUCGUUUACCCUUCUCACCGAAAGAAUCUCGCAGCUGCGUUCACAAUACAUUCAACAACAAAUCAUGGAAUUCAAUGGUCAAGACAAUGAAGCUGUUCUCGACGGUUUUGUACAAAUAUUAAAUUCUUUACCUCCCGAUCAAAAGAAAUAUUUAUUAUCAAAAUUAAAUCAAUAA